AUGAGUUUGCUACAACGACCCCAGUCAUCAGACAAUGGUAUCACGACUGUCAAACAGAAUGUCUCUGUUAUACCGGACCUCGUGAUCAAGGGCUUGUUGAGCGCCAUCUCGGCUCACUACUUCAAAUGUUCAGUGCUGCGGUCGUCAUUAUACAGUGUGUAUGACUGGUGGUCAUCAAGGGCCUCUACAAAUCCGCAACUUAUCUAA